UAGUAUAGCGCAGCAGUCCACAACAGGGAAUGUACUAAGCAACGAUGCGAGUACCGAAUCGUGCAAGGUGUUUCCAGAUAUAUACCGGACCAAGAGUCGACUGUGUGUGUUGCUCACGGUCCUGACUCGAGUUUCAGAGGAAAAAAAUACAUCGCGCUAUUGUACUGGCGAAAGGGAAGGAAACAGCAACUUUUGUUUCAUCUGGAACACUGGGACCAAGAGGACGCCUUCGUGGUCGAUGAUUAGAGUACGGCCAUUCAGCUAGCUCUGGUGGCAGAGCCGCUGGCUUUCCCAAUUUCUUUUUCUCCUUGGAUCGGAGCUACAGAAGCACAAUGACACUGUUUUAUCUGCCCAGGUCCUUAUUUUGGGUCCUGCACUUUACGUUCGCCGUGGCGAUGAAGCCCGUGCCCAGACUAAGCAGUACCUACCGAGAUCUGGAUCCACAUCUGGUACAGCAGUUCUCUUCUGAAGGAAUUUCCAACUACAGUGUCCUGCUCCUUCACCCAGAAUCGGAUACUCUGUAUGUAGGAGCCAAGAAUGCCAUCUUCGCUCUGAAGACCAAAUCCCUGAACGAGAAUCCAAGAACUAUCCACUGGAACGUGUCAGAGAUCAACCACAAGUCGUGCAGAGACAAAGGAAAGAGCGAGGCUGAAUGUCACAACUAUGUGCGGCUGCUGGAAUUCUACAAUGCAACGCACAUAUAUGCCUGUGGAACCUAUGCCUACAACCCUCAGUGCACCUACAUCAGCAUGUCCCAGUUUACUCUAGAAACAAAAAUGGAGAGUGGCAGAGGGAAAUGUCCAUUUGAACCCAGCCAGCAGUUCACCACCGUGAUGGCAGAUGGAAUUUUGUACGCUGCAACUGUUAACAACUUCCUGGGCACAGAAACUCUGAUCUCGCGUGCAAUGGGGAGUGAGGCAGAGCGCAUUCGAACCGAUACUUCUCUCUACUGGCUUAGUGAGCCGGAGUUUGUGAGUUCUGCUUUUGUGCCAGAGAGCAAGAACAGCAACAAUGGUGAUGAUGACAAGGUCUAUUUCUUUUUGACGGAGACCGCAAGAGAGUACGAGUUUUAUGCUAAAGUGAGAAUUCCCCGUGUGGCUCGAGUUUGCAAAGGUGACAUUGGAGGCCAAAAGACCCUGCAGAAACGCUGGACCACAUUCUUGAAAGCGCAGCUCGCUUGUGAGGAUCCUGACACUGGGGGUCGAUUCAACAUUCUUCGUGAUGUGUACACAUUACGGAUAGACCCAGACAACUGGCAAAGCACCCAGUUCUAUGGAAUCUUCUCUUCUCAAUGGGAACGAGAAGAGGUCUCUGCCAUCUGUGUCUAUACUAUCAAGGACAUUAGCCAUGCCUUUAAUGGUGAUUACAAAAGAGUGAAGUCUGACUAUGAAAAUUCACCAAGCUUGGAGCCUCCACCGAGUCCCCGACCUGGAGCGUGUAUCACAUCAGCAAUAAGGGCACAAGGGUACACCAGCUCUCUGACUCUCCCCGACAGAGUGCUGACAUUUGUGCGAGACCACCCUUUGAUGGAGCAGCCUGUGCUCUCCCAGGCCAUACUAGUCAAGAGAGGCACAAAGUACACAAAGAUUGCAGUGAACAUCUCCCACGCUGGCAGAGAUUCAUUUUCCAUUUUGCUGCUUGGGACAGACCGAGGGGAGCUUCAUAAAGCUGUUUACAGACAUACCAGUAAUGAAGAAGAGGCACUGGUGAUUGAUAAAACAACAUUGUUCUCUACAGAACAGCCAAUUCAAAACAUCCAGCUAUAUCAGGACUUUGUGUUUCUUGGGUCCCCUAGUGAAGUGGUAAAGCUGCCACUGGCCAACUGCAGCCAGCACAGAAGCUGCUAUGAGUGUGUUAUUUCUCGGGACCCAAACUGUGGGUGGAAUACCAAUCAGAAAGAGUGUGUGUGGUUUCAGCAUGAUGUGGGGCUUCUCCAAGAUGUCAAUGUUGGAAAUGCUACAGGUUUAUGUCCUGCUGAAGAAGGAAUCUGUUCUCCGCCUCAAAAGUCUAUGAAAGCAGCGCUUGGAUCUCGUCUAAUCCUCUCCUGCUUACCCCCUUCCACUUGGUCAUCCUGUACCUGGAAAUACCCCAGGCAGUUUCCUGUUCCCAAACAACAUGUCGAUGGUCUUGAGAUCGUAGUAUCCGAGGAAAGCAUGGGGGAGUACAAAUGCAGCUGUGCCGAAAACAAACUGGGCUGUGACAUGGCCUCCUAUGAGGUGAAUCUUGAGAACCCUUUGAACAAGGCACUCGUCGGUACAGAGAGGAAGUACACUGUGGGAGUGUCGUUUUUAUUAUUCAUGCUGGGAGUUUUGAUUGGUGCUGCUGGAAUCUGCAUUUACAACAGAUUGACAGACACCAAACCCAAAGAGCCAGAAAAGCUGGGACUCCAUUAUGAGGCUACCCCUAACACACCCAGCAGCCCAAGUCUAGCAUCUGAGGGCAUUCCCCUCACAGCUAAAAGGAAUGGCUUGGCAAAUGGACAUGCCCUUUACAGUAAUAUUAAUGAAAUAUGUGAAGAAAGUAAGGAGAACGGCGACACCCCAGUGAUCAUGAAACUUGUCGGCACUCCUUUGGACACAUGUGAAGAAAGUUCAAUUUAAGAAAUACAUUCUCGGUCUGGGGCAGCAAGAUAAAUCUCCAACCUCUCUUAUUGCUGUGCUGCUGUUUGCUACUCAUGGAUUACAAAUUGUAGAUUUUUUCUCCUGACUCUUUAGAACUGCAAGGAAGUAAGGAUUCAUGUUGCUCUCUUGAAGCUUAGAGUCGUUCCACCAAGGCAGCAAACGAUAUACAUGGAAGUAGUUUUCCAUUAGACCAGCACAUCAGCACAUUUGGAGUCUAUAGAUGCUUUGGGUUUCUCUUCUGACAUGUCAAAGGAAAGGAAAAAGCAGCACAAUAUGAAGAGAAAUCUUUGGGUUCCAAAUCUUUUAUUUGCGAGAGUGAUAAUGGUUUCUGAGAGAGUUGAGCUCUACCCUCAUUCUGUGCCUAAGCUCAAUUUAGCCCUUGCUACCACUGACAGCCACACUUGAGGCUCUGGUUUUGCACUGGAAUGAUUUUCUCUCUUUUAAUGUUAAUUUAUUGUACUUUUUUUCUUUUGGAAUGAUUCAAAAUUCCUAAUUCAAGGAAGUGUCUUCGAUUUGCACUGCACAGCCCCGCUUUCACAAUGAUCCAGUGUAAUGGCUGAAGAAUCCUUGGAUUUGAGCCCCAGAUGAGCUGGCUUCUGAGCCAUAAAUGGCAGGGCUUUCUUUGGGCCCAUUGUACGGUUCUCAGCACCUUGUUGCUAGGGGGUGACUUGUACCAGAGGAUCAGGGUCUCUGGGCCUCCCUGGAUCAAAGAAUACUUUUGCUGUUUUCUUGGGAAGGGGAGUGGAGUUGGUUUUAGGCUAAGAAAGCCCUUUGAACCCAAGUGGGAAGUGUAUGUAUGUGUUAAUAGGCAUGCUCUUUUUGCACUCUAUUAGAAUGAAGCAGAAAAGGUAACCAUGACUGUGCACCAAAGAACUGUCCGGGUCUGGAGGGGGGUGAUAGUCCGUUUGUAAAGUUCUGAUGCUGUUUGUGCACCUUUGUACAUCGAGCCCUGAAGACACCUGUUUUUAUCUUCCACGACUUGCAAGGCCCCAUUUUAGAAAUCCCCAAAGCCUGAAAUCCACGUAUUAGAGGUGGCACGUGCUGCUUAUGUGGCAUCAUGGUGGCAUUUUCUCACAGGCUUUUCCUAAGGAAAUGGAAUGUGUUUUACAGUUUGAAAAGAACUGCAUAUUCUCAGCAUCCUAGCAAAUGUUUUUAAGACAUUUGCUUUCUUACUUACGUUAAUUGGAAAAUUAUCAGGAAUUAAUGUACUGGGAAAUCGCACAACUUCAGCACCUUCUAGAAAAUGAACGUUAUUUGUACAUAGCAUGUAUGAACCUGAAGGACAGUUUUGAAGUUUGGAUAUAUAUGCUGCUGUAAAUAGAAAAUAUGGUUAAAAUGCUGAUGUAAUAAUGCAUGUGGUGGCGAGAGUGAGAAUCCAAAUAUAGUUUUUUGUUUUUUGCUUCUAUACUCUGUUCUAGGGUGCCCCCAUGCUGUUCUCUAUAUGAGGGCGUAUGUUAAAUUCACAAAGCUACAAAGAGGUGAGCAUGUGAUGGAGCAGUGGAGUUUGAAAUCUGUGGCUUUUAUGUUUGAGAACCUUCUGGCCAGUAACCUGCAGUGUCUGCCUGCCCACAUGGCUUAGCAAAAUGGAUCAAUUGGCAUUUUCCAUGAUAAAUAGCAUUCAAGCAGAGUUUGACAUAGAUGAGUCCUGGCAGUGGCGUACAGCUGCCAUAUACAGUGUCCUGCUCAAAGCCGUACAGAUGUGAAAUGUCAACUUGUGACCACCAUGUUGUUUUCUGUAGCAUUUUAUUUCUCCACCUACUCCUGUCCUGUUUUAUCAAUAUGGCUACUUAGAGCUUCCAGACCUCUCAUUCUUAUGUGCAAUGUAAGGCCACUCACUUUGAUGACUGCCAUCUUGUAGGGUUGACUGAAGCAGGAUCUUUGAAGCUCAGUUUACACUGGAGCUAGUUCCUUCUUUAGUGAACCUUUUGGUGAAUUGACUUUUUUGUUCAAAAAUGUGCAGCAGUGUAUGCUUUAUUGCAGUCGUUUAGUGAUUCAGAGAUUAUUUUUCAACCUAACAUCGAUUAAGUACGAUUUUUCUCUCAGAUCAUUCUCCAUUCUUAGAAAGGUACACGCAGGUGCUAAUAUCAUAGGCUUGUUACACAUUUUUUUUGCACCACCAUCUAUAUAUUAAAAAAACCUGAUGUGUACAGCACAUAUCUCGCCAUAUGUACAGCUGUCAUUUUAUAUCUAAGGUAUUUCAGGCCAAACAAAACUCCACAAAAUCACAGAGUAAAAUCUAGUGGCGUGAGGUUUCUCAAAAUCAGUAGCUUUCUAGCAUUUUAUGGAGUGUGACCACUCUGCCAAGUUCUAUUCUGACCAAGUUAUUAUGUCCUCAAAGUUGCAUCCUGAUCAUCACCACACCGAAUUGUGUUCAGGGAUAGCUCCAUCCAUCUUCCAAAUUCCGCUUACCCAGGGCAGGCAGGGUCACAGUGCAGCUGGAGUCUAUCCCAGCAAGUAUUGGGCGCAAGGCAGGAACAACACCUGGGCAGGGGCCAGGCCAUCAAAGGGUGAACACACACACACACACACACACACACACACACACACGGCCCACUUUAGCCAUUCCACCUAAGCUGCACGUCUUUGGACAGUGUGAGAAAGCCAAAACACCUGGAGGGAAGCCACAUGGACAUGAGGGGAACAUGCAAACCCCAGUUUCCUUGCUGCAAGGCACUAAAGCAUUUAAAUCCUUUGAAAUCUAUCAAAAUAUUGCCCCAUCACAGUACAUUCUGUGUAUAUACAGAAAGUAACAUGAAUUGUGAAACAAUUAAAUAUACAAGGUUCAGUGAGCAGUCACAUUGAGAUGAAGCAGAAAUACAUUAGCCAAAAUGUAUUUUAAAUACUACAGUGUCUUUUUAUUCUCCCAAGGUGUUGUACAAAUUAAAAUAUAUAUUUAUUUCCAAAUUUACACAAUUGGAGCUAUGGCAGCUUAUUUGACAGGAUCACAAAGUGAGUCAAAGGUGCUACAACUGUCCAGAUUUUCAUCCAUUAGGGUGCUUACCUGCCUAAUUAAGAGAAGUAACUACAGGGUCAGGGUGGUACGGUGGCGCAGUGGUGGCGCUGCUGCCUUGCAGUAAGAAGACCUUCCCGGGUCCUCCCUGUGUGGAGUUUGCAUGUUCUCCCCGUGUCUGCAUGGGUUUCCUCCCAAAGUCCAAAGACAUGCAGGUUAGGUGCAUUGGCGAUCCUAAAUUGUCCUUGGUGUGUGGUUGUGUGUGUGCCCUACGGUGGGCUGGCGUCUUGCCCAGUGUUUGUUCCUGCCUUGUACCCUGUGCUGGCUAGGAUUGGCUCCAGCAGACCCCUGUGACCCUGUGUUAGGAUAUUGCAGAUUGAACAAUGACUGACUGACUGACUACAGGGUCGCAAAUUUCUUACGAAUGUAGUCUCCUAUUUCAUACUGAUUUGUGAUGUGAAUAGAAGUCUAGAAAAUGAAUAAAAUAACAAAAUGUCAGACAGUCUGAUACAGUAUAUAAAUACAGACUUAAGGAAAAACUUUGCUUCUCCCCAUGUUUUGAUGAGAAAUGAUGAAGGGGAGCAUCAAAAUAAACUCAGUUAAAAGCACAACUUAAGCCUAGUGGUUGAUUCUUUUAUUUAUUGAGGACCACUUCAUGUUCAGCCAUGUUUAAAUAGUGUCACCCCUCCUCUUCACUACAUUAAUGUCAGAAUGUUAGCCUCUUUAUGCUGAAAGCAGAUGCCAGUUUGGCUUCAGAUUCAUUCAGCAAGACAUCUGGGGUAAAAUCAAAAUAUGUCUUUGUUGUCAGUUUGGAGUGUUAAGACUGUAAUGAAGUCAAACCAAAGGCAGCCCGGCAUGGAGGAGUUUGAUAGUCCAAAAAAAAAAACCACUUGUUUGAAAGGAACGACUUCCAUUCUAGAAACCAGGUCCUGAUGCUCAUGGAAUUGUUGACCUCUAGUCUCCCAUCCUUCUAGUGAAUUUAACAUGUGGUUUGCACUGUGAAGAGAGCUAAACAACUUCAAAUGAAGGGCUGUCACAUUCUCCCACUCAAGAUACCAUUGUUCUUCCACGUGCUCUUUUUUUCUGUCAUAUUGUAAAAAUGUGCACAUUGCGUUACUGAUUGUUCAUUUAUUAAUUGUCCCAGAGUGAGCAAGUCCAUUUCCAUGUCUUCUACCUGAUGUUGCUGAUAAAUCCUUCGACUCCAACUCGAACCCCGACUCCUUAGUUUCCGGUACUUCUGACUCCGACAUAUUUGAUACGCUAAUGUAUUUUCCAUGUUUAUUGAAGGAAGGCAACAUACACAGAAUUACUGACUAGGAAGCCGACUCCCUAACAUAUUGGGCAGUUUAAAGAAAAGAAAAGAACCCCAAAACACACAUCAGGCCAUAGCACACACCUCCACCUACAUCAUUACACUUGUUUAUACUCAAAUGAACUUGUUAAACACAUUAUAUCUGAAAUAAAAUGAAAACACUUUUUGUAAUGUACCAUAAUCCAGAUUACAAUAUGUAAAUGUCAGGUUGUAGAACAGCUCAGCUGAACUUCACACUAGUAGUAACACAACUGUGCACUGGGCUUUAUUCUUACAUCAGAGAAGUACUUAGUUAUUACUAUUGUUUGUGAAAUGGGAUAUUUGAACUUGCUGUAUUUUUUUUUUACAUUACAAUUUAAAUUUAGUAGGAGUCAGAACGUUUUUGCCAACUCCGACCCCAACUCCACAGCCCUGGUUGCUGGUAUAGGCUUCUGCACCCUGUCAGAGACACCAGAAUACUGAGAAAAAAUUUUGAGAAAUGCAUUCAUAAUCCAGUGUAAGAGGUGUUACGGUUCAACAGUCAAAAAGAAACACCUAUCUUGUGGUAUGUCUGCGUCUUAAUUAGUUUAAUAGUUGAACAGAAUGAUAAGCACACAACAUAAAACACCUGUGUACGCACAGCUUUAUCACUUAAACAGCAGUACACAACCCAAAGCAGUAGUGACACGUUCUUAACACAAGCCCGUUUUCUCACCACCUUAAGAUGGCGGGGAUGUAGUGCACAUCCUCUGGUGGAAGGCUGGAAUGAGCCUCAUCGAUUGAUUGUAACAGUGCUCAGAAGUGGAGCAACUAUUCCAUACUGCUUGCUAUGACUGGACUGGCCCGUGUAGUGAACUGUUUGAUUGAAGGAUUUAAUGCGUUUAGGUUGCACUGUUCUUCCCUCAGUCCUACACAACUGAGGUACAGGCUUGUAUCAGUGGGUAUGGACUUCUCUUUCUCUCACCUUCUCUUUCUUAAGAGUAGCAAAGUCAGUUGGCUCCCACUGUUAGCCGCUUUGCAGUUUGCAGCUCAUAAUGUUCACAAUCAGGUGACAUUUUUUGGAGAAGUGAAAUUGGUUGUCCAUUUUGUUGGUAAGUGCCAAGCAUGGACCUGAAGGAACAGAGUCUCCAUUCAUGUGAUAGUAGUUGAAUACCUGACUUUGUUGAGAUUUAUGACAGGCAAUGAACAAUCUCUCAUUUUGCAAUUUGUUUCGUUUCUAUAAAUGUUAUCGUUCAGCCAAGUUGGCCACUUGACUCAUCUGGCAAGUCUUGUCUCUGUAUGCUGUCUCCAGAUUCUAAAAAAUCAUUGACAGGUCGAUGGCUCCAUAAAGACGUUUGUAUAGAACUAUGAACAUUUUGUGUUGAAAUAAUCUGUACUGGCAUAGCGGACACUGUUUAUAUUUGUUUUUAAAAUGUGCUGAUUGAUACCACUGAGGGGAAGAUCAUAAUAAUUAGGAUAUUCCAGACACUAGAAAUUGAAAUGAUGAUGGUCUUCAGACCUAGCUUUUACACCUUCAGUGGCCAUUCACCCAUUUUAAACCAGCAGCCAGGUUGUCCCAAUAUUUCAGUCGGUCACUGCUUAGGACUUUAUGUUUUACAACACACAGGGCAGGUUGACAGGUCUCAGGUGUCAAAAAAGCAAAAGCGCUCACAACAGAACGCCAAAAAGACUAAAGGUGAAACAAAGACCAAGUGCUGUGAACUGCCCUCAAGCCGGCUUAGAACCCAAAUGAAGAUUUUUAAACCUCAUGCUAUGUGGCUGAUAUGGUACCAAUGUUUUUCACUGAUGUUUCUUCAGGUGUGCUUUGAAAAGAUUCCUCGAUGGGAAGUUAUUCUUUUUUGUUUUGUUUUUUAACAGUCAGGUGUAGCAGCUGUAACGUUUGUGACCACAGGGUAAUGGACUCUGGCCUGUCUAAAUUAGAGAAGGACACGUGGGCCGAAUGUACCCUUUUUAUACCUACUGAAAUUCAGACAGACAUGGACUAUCUGAUACAGUAUAUUGUAAAGUAUAAGUGGGGGGGUGUUGUUGAAGAUUCUGGGAAAUGGGGGCUUUUAUGGAUAACAUCAGGCCUGGGCUAAUAUGAUCCUGUCUUGGGCUGCAGUGCUGUUUUUUUGUGUCUUUUUUUUUUCUAAUUUAUUAUCUUUUCAUUUUGCAAAGGAAUACAGCAAACUAAUAAACACUUUAAUUCAGAAAAAUGUCACAACUGCAGUAACAAUAGAGAAGGAGCACCAGCCCCAAACCCCCAGGAAUCGGACCCUGUCAUCACUGACAAGGAAUGGGAUUUUUACCUUCAGUUUUUAGAUUUAUACACUCAGCCUGUGCAAGCUGCAUGGCAUAGUUGUCCAUUUUCACUGUGCAUGAUCAGUCGUUUUCUGUAAAGAGUAGGAUGUACAUAACCUGCAGCACAAUGUCAGGAGUCCUUUAAAGCAGAAUUCUCAUCCAAAUGUUACCACAGGGUCUCUCUCGUUUUCAGGCCUUUGCAUUUUGUUACAAAGAAUUGCAACUCUGUGCACAUUUGAAUAUGGAAGACAUGAUGUCUUAUUGUGUGUAUGUAUGUAUAGUUAUGUAUGUUUUUAUGUACGCGUGCACCUAUAAUAUAUAUAUAUAUAUAUAUAUAUAUACAAUGUGUGUGUGUAUGUGUGUAUAUUAUAUACACACACAUAAUGUAAUAUUGUAGUGUAUACUGUAUACUUGGUGACAAUGGGGCUACUAACUGGGCGCAUCUUUUAGGGAGCUGCCGCUUUAUAACCACACCUUAUAAACAGCACAAUACAUUGUUAGUGUUCUUCCAUUAUUUUGAUGUCAAAAAACUAUUUGGUUCGUAUUAUUACGUAGAUUUUAAAAGCACCCCAGUGAAAUUUUACAAUAGAUCCUUCCAGUACUGCAUCUACUAGUCAAGUACUGCUAUGUCGUAAGAUAGACUUUGCACGUAUUACCCUGAAGUAAGAGUCUACUAGAUUAAAACUUCACAAAGCUCCCACGGUAAAGUCAUUAUAGAUACCAGGAUACGGCUGCUGGGAAGUGUUUCUAUUCAAAUUCAGGCAAAUUGUAUACAAGAGCAUAGCAGAGACAUCUUUAAUCGGGGUUUAAUUUACAGUACAUCGUGGGGCAAAAUCACACUAACAUUCGUAGAGCUGGGUCCUUCUUUUAAGAAGUUCCUGUAAAAUGAUAUUAUGAAUGUACCUAAAUAUAUAACUACUUGGCCUGUCAUAAAGUAAUGAGAUUGAAAAAGAAAAAUCCAAAAAAGCUAUAACUGGAUGUCACAUAAAAUAUAAAUUUUCAAGAAUACUUCUGGAAUGACCAACAUAUAAUACAUUUUACAAUAAAUUCUCUGUACUAUCGGUCUGAUUUAUUAAAUGAUAGACUGUAUGUGUGUUAAUUUAUGUAUAUGUAGGUGUACAGAAUACAUACACACAUACAUAGACUCUCUCUCUUUACAUUUAUAUAAUAUAUAUAUGUACACGCACAUACAUCCUUUUUACAUAUGCAUAUAUCAUUAUUUACUAAUAUAAUAAUAUUCUGUAAUGUCUAUACAUACAUACACACCACAAAAACAGUUAAUUGCAGAUGUGUUUUCUGUUACUCCUGAACUUUAAAAGCUCAAGAUAAAAAUGUUUUGUAAUAUUUAAAUACACUUUGAAUAUGUACGUUUAUUUUUGUAAGUUAUUUAAAAAUGUAUUAUCUGACUAUAAAGUAACAUUUUGUUUUCUUUGUUAACUUUUUGGGCGUUUUUGUCUGAUUUUUUUUUUCCCCAUCUGUGAUAUAAAGCUACCUCUGUCA